AUGAAGGCAAGCUUGCUGGUUCUUUUCACCCUCGUGGCUAGCUCAUAUGGCUGGGAGCACCGAGGCCAUGAGUUCCGUCCACCACUGCCAGGCGACAGUCGAUCGCCGUGCCCCGGUCUAAACGCCUUGUCCAACCACGGUUGGCUCCCUCGUUCAGGGAAAAACAUUGACCUGCCCGCGUUUCAAUCUGCCAUAGCUGGUGCUUACAACUACGAACCAACAUCUAUGGACGGGUUCUUUCAGCUAGCAUUGAAAUUCAACCUCUCAACCACGGGAAACCAGUCGACCUUCAAUCUCUUUGAUUUGGCAAGACACGACGAGAUCGAGUUUGAUGGGUCACUGUCGCGUAAUGACAUCUACUUUGGUGACAAUGUGCACUUUGACCAUGAUAUCUGGGCGGCAGUCGCUAAGAACCUCAAUCUUUACAAUACUCUGGGCUCCGAGAUAAACCAAUAUGUCACAGUUGAGACAGCGGCUAAGGCUUGCGCAGCACGCGUAGCCGAUGCCAAGAGCAUCAAUCCCAGCUUCAAUUCUUCCGCCAUGCAAGUCAUGGGUAACCCUGGGACAACAGCUCUUUAUUUGGUAACUCUGUGGGAUGAGAACGCAGGUGCUGCGCCAAAGGCUUGGGUACGGGCUUUGUUUGAAGAAGAUCGUAUUCCUUACCUUGAGGGAUACACAGUGCCUAAAAUCCCAAGGACUAUGGACGAUGUCAAUAAAAUGGCAAAGAGGGUGUCGGAAGUAGUGGUUUAG